CUCUCCCAAAUGGGUAUCGUUGUCAACCCCGCCUGAGCCACAACACGAAGGUCAUUUCCUUCAGCGGACGCUCGCCUGUGGGAAGGCUCUCUGGCGUUGAACUUCAUCUGCGUAUCUUCUAGGAGGUUAUAAAGGAUAAUGGCAACCAACCUCGUCUUUGUGUACGGCACCCUAAAGCAGAACGAGCCGAACCAUCACUGGCUCACCGACAAGGAAAACGGAGAGUCUAAGCUCGUUGGGAAGGCAACAACUCAAGAACGAUAUCCUCUUGUUAUAGCGUCAAAAUUCAACAUUCCAUUUUUGUUAGCUGUUCCAGGAAAAGGGGAGCAAAUUGAAGGCGAGGUGUAUGAAGUUGACGAGAAAAUGAUGUCAAAUUUAGACAUUCUGGAGGACCAUCCCAAACUUUAUGAGAGAAAGAAAAACAAAAUGACGUUAGAAGCAACAGGGGAAGUGGUCGAGUGCUGGAUUUACCUGCUACACAAGUACCGACCAGACCUACUGGAUUUACCGAUGUUAAAAUCUUACUCCUCAAAGGGUUCACAUGGGAAGGAAUAUGUUGCGAGCGAAGAUGAUUUGUCAGAUCCUGAAAACAUAUGAUACGAAAGAAGCGAAGAAGCUCUACAUCACAGGCCUGGAGAUCACUUAGCAAUGUUUUAUGUUUAAUACCUUUCUGGGCCCGUUGGCUGUGGGUUUGUGUAGUCCACUGUCAUUUUUUCUCUCUCUCUCUCUCUCUCUCUCUCUCUCUCUCUCUCUCUCUCUCUCUCUCUCUCUCUCUCUCUCUCUCUCUCUCUCUCUCUCAGAUGGCUCCACAAAUGUUCAGCCACGAUGGAGUUCAUUAGUAAGCCUAAGCUACUGCACCAGAUUUCCCUGUUCCUCUAAUUUUUUGGGAAAAGAGUAUUUCUUUUAAUAUGGUUAAUUUCAAUACAGUAAUUAUUAUUAUCAUAUUUACAUAAUGAUUAGUAUGAUAUUAAUAAAAUGCAAAUGAGAAUAUAAAUAAUGUAUUAAUAAAAAUCUUUCUGAAAAUCUUUAUCAGUAAUUUUGUAAGAAAGUGACAAAGACUAUGAUUUCUAUAUAAAUCUAUAACUAUAUUUAUCUGUGAAUGUAUAUCCUGAUCUAUAAUCAUCUAUUUCUUUACAUAUCUAUACCUAUCAUAUAUAUAACUACGAAGUGACGCACUGCCCCCUGGACCCCAAAUCAUGCCUAAUGUAAAAGAAGAAUUUGGGAAGGUACUAAGAAGAAUCAGGGUAAUUAAUUACAUUUAUAAUUUUGAAUGACAGUAAAUUAUUUUCCUCAUACGAAUACCCAAUGGAUGGCUGUAUAAUCUUAAGAGAGAGAUGUGUUCUCUAAGUUGUGUAGACUAUAAUAAUAUUAAACAGUAGGUACACAUUGUUUUUGGUUAAUUGUGUUUAAUUUAAUGUGUUUUUGCACAGGUAAAAAGAAAUUCGGUUUGGUGCUAAUAAGUAAAUAAUUUUGCUUUGUCUUGUAUAGUUUUUCACAAGACCUAACUCCCUGGGGCCACAAAUAUCUAUGUAAGCCCCUGUAUCUACACCUAUAUUUGUCUAUGUUUAUCUAUCUGUUUAUCUUAUUAUACAGUUUAUGCAUUUACUCACGUCUGGUUAUGAUUAGGAAAUAUUUUCAUGUUAGAUAAGUACGACUUGUUUUCCCAAUUUCCACUUGAGCUGUAAAGGCUUUUUGGGUGUUGUUACUAAUGGGAGAGUGCAAUAAAUCUGCCUACCAUUCCA